AUGGUUAACCGCGAUCGUAUAAUGGUCUUCAAAGCACUUACCCGCUCGGACCUCCAUGUCAACCUUAGGUCUGGUUCGACUGCCAAUGACAUAAAAGAACAUAAGAAGGGGAGUUCGGUGGGAGGGGUUUGUUUAAGCCUUGACGUUCCGAGUAACGACCUCGGCUUCCCACGUUCAAAGUUUGGAGAGUUUCGUGCCCGGUCCUCAUCAAGUGGCGGAUACUGCCCGAUACGUAGCUCUCCGGGUGUCAGCUAUGCAGCUGAAUUAGACCCCCGUUUCACCGCGACCUCUGUCGUCUCUGCCCUCCUUGACCGCGCUGACAUUUGGCGGCAAAUGCAUCGGGCAAAAUGCGUCAUAUACUGGGAGCUGUACGCAGGAUUCUCCAGUCCCAGCGAUUGUGUCCCUUCUUCAACCUCCAGUCUCUCAAAUCGGGUAGCCAAAAUUGUUUGUAGUAGUUCUGCUGGCUGCGAUGAUGAUGAUGAUGAUGAUGAUGAUGAUGAUGAUGAUGAUGAUGAUGAUGAGUGGGAGUGCCAUAACGGCCGUAUUAAGAGGGAUGGGUGUAGGGGGUGUCCAGCGGUGGGUUCACGUGAUGGUCGUAGUGGUCGCUCACUUGCUUUCAGGUGAGACUACGCCUAGCGUCCAUUUGCUUGCACCCAACUCUCAUCUGUGGCUCUACGAAGCUGGGCUCUGCUCAGCGGCCACACCCCGGGCAACCGUCUCGACCGGCGGGCUAAACCAGGUGAGGGCGCUGUGCGCUUGUGCCGCGUGCACAGUGUACUGCGGACUCCGCUGGAUGGAUGGUCGGAUGAAAAACUGCGCCGGCAUCGUCGAGACGAGGCUCUGCCUGGUACGCCGUUGGACAACUGCUGCCGGGACGGGUCUCCGCAUCGCCUUCGCUGAGACGCGCCCACCCUCGCCGACGGAGACCGCGGACUCACGGCAUAUGCGGUCGAUCUCCACUACAAACAUAAAAGUCGUGGCCCCAUAGUGGGAUCGGUCGCGCCAACCAGGCACAUGGGCAGCCCGAUUCAGGGGCGGCACUACCUUCCCCCACGAGGGGAAGGGCCUAGAAAAGGUGGCCUAAAAAUGCUGGGUACCACACCGUCUUCAGGCUAGCCAGGGCCGCAGACGUCUAAUCAUGGUCGAAACACUCAAAAUCGAAACAACAACAAUACCAAUAACAACAACAACCAUACUCAUUCUCCUCAUCCUACCUCUUCUACCUCUUCCUCUGCCUAUUCUUCUGCCUAUUCUUCUCCUUCGUCAUCUUCUUCUCCACCUCCUUCCCGUCGCCCCACUCGUUGUCCCCAGACUGGCAGGGUGAGCCCGCUCACUCUGGCAGCCUGGAAUGUUCGUUCCCUUUUCGACAAUCCGAGGAGCAACCGACCGCAGCGGAGGACGGCUCUAGUGGCACGAGAACUCGCCCGCUACAAGGUGGACAUCGCCGCACUCGGCGAGAUCCGAUUCUCCGAACAAGGCCAACUGGAGGAGGCAGGUGCCGGCUACACCUUCUUCUGGAGUGGUCGGCCCAGGCCAGAGCGACGAGACACGGGCGUCGCCUUUGCCAUCCGGAACGACAUCGUGGGACGACUGCCCAGUCUGCCGCCGGGCAUCAACGAUCGCCUGAUGAGCCUCCGUCUGCCUCUCCGGGGUGGGGGCAAAUUCGCCACCAUCAUCAGCGCCUACGCUCCGACGAUGACCAACCCCGACGCCGUCAGAGACAAAUUCUACGAGGACCUGCACGCCCUCUUGGCGACUGUGCCGAAGGCAGACAAGUUGAUUGUCCUUGGCGACUUCAACGCCCGCGUCGGCACAGACCAUACUGCCUGGAGAGGAGUGCUGGGUCCCCACGGUCUCCGCGGCUCCAACGACAAUGGUCUGCUGCUGCUCCGCACCUGCGCAGAACACCGCCUCAUCCUGACGAACACCUUCUUCUGUCUGCCGGAGCGAGAGAAGGCCACCUGGAGGCAUCCUCGGUCGCGCGAGUGGCGCCUGCUGGACUAUGUCCUCGUCCGGAGGCGAGAUCAGCGGGACGUGCUGGUGACGAAGGCGAUCGCGGGUGCUGACGGGUGGACCGACCAUCGCCUCGUCAUCUCGAAUAUGCGUAUUCGCCUACAGCCUCGCAGGAGACCACAAGGUAAGCGACCCCCAGGUAAGCUGAAUGUUGCCUUGUUGUCUUUGCCCGCUCACCACCUUCAUUUCAGCAAUGAGCUAGCUUAACGGCUAGACAACGUUCCAAUCGUUGCCGCCGACGACGCCGCCGCCACCGCCGAGAACGCCUCCGUGGAGAACCGCUGGUGUCAACUGCGAGACACGGUCCAGUCGACGGCGCUCGCCGUCCUCGGUCGCGCUCCCCGUCAACACCAGGACUGGUUCGAUGACAACGACGCCGCCAUCAGAAAUCUGCUUGCUGAGAAGAACCGCCUACACAAGGCCUACGUCGAUCACCCCACUGAGGGCAACAAAGCUGCCUUCUACCGCAGUCGUCGCCAGCUUCAGCAACGACUGCGCGAGAUGCUGGACGCCUGGACUGCUCGCAAAGCUGAGGAGAUCCAAGGCUACGCGGACCGCAACGAAUGGAAGAACUUCUUCUCUGCGAUCAAAGCUGUCUACGGUCCGCCGACGAAGGGCACUGCUCCUCUCCUCAUCGCUGACGGUAGCACUCUCCUGACUGAGAAGACAUAAAUUCUACAGCGAUGGGCCGAGCAUUUCCGAGGCGUCCUCAACCGCCCCUCCGUCAUCUCCGACGCCGCCAUCAAGCGUUUGCCGCAAGUGGAGACCAACGUGGACCUCGACCUCCCGCCAUCUCUCCAGGAGACCAUCAGGGCCGUACAGCAGCUCUCCAGCGGGAAAGCACCCGGAUCGGACGCAAUCCCUGCUGAGAUCUACAAGCACGGAGGUCCCCAACUGAUGGAUCACCUGACUGCGCUUUUCCAGGAGAUGUGGCGUCAAGGCGAAGUCCCGCAAGAUUUUAAGGACGCAACAAUCGUGCAUCUCUUCAAGCGAAAAGGGAAUCGCCAAGUCUGCGACAAUCACCGCGGCAUCUCCUUGCUGAACAUCGCCGGGAAGAUCUUCGCACGAAUCCUGCUCAACCGUCUUAAUAACCAUCUCGAACAGGGUCUACUGCCGGAGAGCCAAUGCGGCUUCCGCCGAAAUCGUGGGACCACGGACAUGAUCUUUGCCGCCCGUCAACUGCAGGAGAAAUGUCAGGAGAUGCGGACCCACCUGAACUCUACCUUCGUGGACCUGACGAAAGCCUUCGACACGGUGAAUCGUGAAGGACUGUGGAAGAUCAUGCAGAAAUUCGGCUGUCCGGAGCGAUUCACUCAGAUGGUGCGUCAGCUGCACGACGGUAUAAUGGCGCGAGUCAAGGACAACGGAGCUGUCUCAGAGGCAUUCUCAGUGACCAACGGAGUGAAGUAGGGCUGCGUACUGGCCUCUACCCUCCUCAGUCUUAUGUUCUCUGCCAUGCUGAUGGACGCCUACCGCGACGAACGCCCUGGAAUCCGCAUCGCCUACAGAACGGACGGUCAUCUCCUGAAUCACCGGCGCAUGAACUUCCAAUCGCGCGUAUCCACAGCCACCGUGCACGAACUCCUCUUCGCCGACGACUGCGCCCUGAAAACCACCUCGGAAGAGGAAAUGCAACGGAGCAUGGACCUAUUCUCCGCCGCCCACGAGAACUUCGGUCUGGUCAUUAACACGCAGAAGACGGUGGUGAUGCACCAACCGCCACCCCACUCAGUCACAGCCCCCAACGCGCCGCCGCAAAUCAGCGUGAAUGGGACCCAACUACAAGUGGUGGAGAACUUCCCGUACCUGGGCAGUACUCUCUCCCACAACACCAAGAUCGAUGACGAAGUCGCCAACAAGAUCUAG